GUCCAUCCUUCACCUCUUUUCUUUCUGUGAAAAUUAUGGUUCACUUUUGUUUUUCUUCCUCUUCUUCUAUGAUUAUGAUCGUGGGUUUAUUAGUGGUGCUAGCACAUUUAAAGGGCAGUUCCUCGACUCACUUGUCCACCGACUUUUAUGAUAAAUCAUGCCCCACUGUGUUUAGUAUUGUGAAAUCAGUGGUUAAGUCCGCGGUGAUGGAGGAGAAGCGCAUGGGCGCUUCUCUCCUCCGCCUCCACUUCCAUGACUGCUUCGUUCAAGGUUGUGAUGCAUCGAUACUUCUGGACGACACUCCUACUUUUAAGGGCGAGAAGACUGCUGGUGGAAACAAUAAUUCGGUGAGGGGUUACGAAGUCAUCGAUCAUAUCAAGUCCAAGGUGGAAGCCGUGUGCCCUGGGAUUGUCUCGUGUGCUGAUAUCGUGACCAUUGCGGCUCGUGAUUCUGUCGUUUUUCUUGGAGGGCCUAAUUGGAAAGUGACAGUGGGAAGGAGGGAUUCCAAAACAGCGAGUCUUGAAGCUGCAAACAGUGGUGUGCUUCCAGGCCCAGAUUCUAACCUUAGCACCCUCAUCCAGAAGUUCCAAGACCAAGGUCUAUCCCCAACAGACCUUGUUGCCUUAUCAGGAACACACACCAUAGGGAAAGCAAGGUGUGUAGUCUUUAGAGAGCGGAUAUAUAACGAUACGAUCAUUGACGCUUCCUUCGCUAAGAAAAGACAACGGAGAUGCCCUAGAAACAGUGGCUUAGGAGACGACAAUUUUGCUCCUUUAGACAACAAAACUCCGAAAAUCUUUGACACUGCUUACUUCAAGAACCUCAUAGCCAAGAAGGGACUCUUGCACUCUGAUCAGGUUCUCUACGAUGGCGGAUCUACCGAUUCCCUCGUCGAAUUAUACAGCAAGAGCCCUGAAUCUUUCAACAAGGACCUUGUGGUUGCCAUGAUCAAAAUGGGCGACAUUAGUCCUCUCACCGGAUCGAACGGCGAGAUAAGGAAGAACUGCCGGAAGCCCAACUGAGUUGCAUCAGAAGAAGAAAACACAUUUUAUCAUAUGACAAUAAAAAGAUUAGGGUUUUUAUUACCCCAUAGUAGUAAAAGAAAUGGGCUGUUCUGCCAUGCUGUGUGUCCUUUGAAUUUGGAUUCAUAAUGAGUUUUCUUUGUCUAAAUG